CGGCGAAGCCUUCAGUCCCUGUUCCUCCACGACGGCGACGCGCUCGGCCGAGGCAGAGGCCCCCACGCGGCAGAGGCGCUUGCGGCGUGGCGCCCCGAGCCGCGGCCACCUGCCUGCCCGGAUUCCAUCGCCCCACCUCAGUGCUCGCGCGCGCGGCGCGAGUGGGGCGCGAGUGCGGCGCGAAUCCGAUCCCCCCGUAUAAGAAGAAGCGGGGGUGAGUGGGCGGAUGGGAACCCAACCCGGCUCGCGAAACCGAAUCCUCCCUUCCCCGCCUCCUCCGGGUGCUGCUUCGGAAUCGAGAUACAUCCUUCCAGGUAGGUCGGCAACGCAACAAUGGAAGAAGGGAAAGACAAGAAUAACACCACUGAGAAGGGGCUGUUCUCAAACAUGAUGCAUGGGUAUCCACCUCAUGGAGGAUACGGAUACCCUCCUCAAGGUUACCCGCCACCGGGGGUCCCCUACCCUCCUCCCGGGGCGUAUCCUCCUCCACCACAAUAUGGGUACCCUCAGCCAGGUGGCUACCCACCUCACGGUGGAUAUCCCCCCGUCGGCUACCCUGGCUACGGGGGUGGCCAUGGAGGACAUGGCUACGGCGGCGGGCACAUGGGCUAUGGAGGCGGCUAUGGCGGCGGCGGCCAUGCUCUCGGGCACCACCACGGAGGCCACGGCUACGGCCAUUAUGGUCAUGGAGGCCAUGGCUACGGACACCACGGUCACGGACACUACCACGGCGGGCACGGCUGGGGGCACCAUGGCCAUGGAUAUCACCACCACCACCACCACGGCAAGCAUGGUUACGGCAAGUUCAAGAAGUGCAACCCGUCGCGUCUGCCUGGGGGCGUUGCUGGACCGAAUCCAGGCCCAGCCAGAAAAAGCGCCCACACACGCCACGCGUCGGCUGCUCGUCGUUUCAACGCGCAAAUAUCCCCCGAGGCAAAGCAACGUGGGGUUCCUUCGCCGCGUAGCUUUCUUCCCUCUCCAUCCUCGCCCCCACGACGGACGACGCGCUUCGGCCGCGGCCGCCUCGAGCGAAGCAGUCUCGGCCCCCACCUGUCAUCGACUCUGCGCAGCGAGGUCAAGUCCUAUCCAUCCAUCCAUCCACCCACGAAUAAUAACUCCAGGCCGCGGGACCCGCCCGGGAUUCGGUGCGCCUGCGAGCCGACGAAGGUGCCAACGCCUGCCGAACCGAAGCGCGUACACGAGCCCACCGCCCCCUAUAUAAAAUCCCCCAGCACACACAGGAGCCCAAACAUCCACGGAGCGCACGGAGGAGAACGCCAUCAUCCAUCCAGAUCGGCCUCUUCUUCUUCAGCUUCGCAGAAUCGCAGAUCUUCUCCUCUAGUUAGCUCCCUCAGAGCAAUGGGAGGAGGCAACGAUGGUCAUGGGUACCCACCCGGUGGCCAGGGGGGAUACCCUCCGGCAGGGUACCCGCCGCAGCAGGGAGGCUACCCGCCGCAGCAGGGAGGUUACCCCCCACAGCAAGGAUACCCGCCUGCACCUGGAGCUUACCCACCUGCACCUGGGGCAUACCCUCCAGCACCUGGGGCUUACCCUCCUGCACCUGGAGCGGGAGGCCCUGAUGGGGAGAAGGGGCUCCUCUCCAACAUCAUGCACGGCGUUGCUGGUGCUCAUGGUGGUGGUCAUGGGUACCCGUCUGGUGGUCAUGGGUACCCAUCUGGUGGCCAUGGAUACCCUCCACAACAAGGGUACCCUCCUCAGCAUGGCUACCCCCCGCAGCAGCAUGGCUACCCUCCACAGCAGCAUGGCUAUCCCCCUGCCGGCUACCCUGGCUCAUCCGGUCACAGUGGUAGCCAUGGAGGAGGAGGCAUGGGCAUGGGCGGCAUGCUGGCUGGAGGCGCAGCAGCUGCCGCCGCCGCCUACGGAGCACACAAGAUCUCUCACGGCAGCCACGGUGGAGGUGGACACAUGAUGGGAGGCAUGAUGGGCGGCCAUGGAGGCUACGGCGGCGGGUACGGCCACCACGGCGGCAAGUUCAAGCACGGGAAGCACGGGCACGGCAAGUUCAAGCAUGGGAAGCACGGCAUGUUCGGCGGCGGCGGCAAGUUCAAGAAGUGGAAGUAAUGCGCGCGCUAGCUAGUAGCUUCACCAUGGCUGAUGAAUCAAAAAAAAAUACCUAAACUCUUUGUGUAGGCUUCCAGAACUUGGUUUGGUCAGGGAAAGCCUUUGAGAUGUAUCUAAGCAGGGUGGUGUGUGGUCGCUGCUCGAUCUCGUGGAGCUUCCAUCCUUUCCUCUAUAUGAUUUGGCACUCUAGUCUGCGUCUGUGACAAGAUAUGACUUGCUAAUAAGUACCUGAAUUCUGUGUGGUGCUA